GUGGCUCCAUCAAUGACCCAGGCCAGACCUUUCCUGAGACUUCAACACAGAUUUACCUGAACACUGGCAGCUAUUUAGCACUUCACUUGCGUUAAUGAACCAACAUGGCGGCAGGGAUCAUCAGAAACUUCCUCGUCCAGGCCCCGACUCCGGCCUACUUCCCCCUUAUUUUCCAGCACUCUCUCUGCAAGGAAGACGAAGAGGAGAUACUGGAGGAAAAACCAGAGGUGAGGGAAGAUGAAGAGGAAAGAGAAGUAGAGGAGGAGGAGGAGGAGGAGGAGGAGGAGGAGGAUGACGAUGAAGAAUCUGAAGCUCAGGAGGAAGAGGAGGAAUGUUCAGAGGACGUUUUCUUAAACCCCUCCCACUACGCUUUGGACGUGACCAAGCAGCUGCUGAGGUUUGCAGAUGUCAUCAGCCGUGACGUCCAGCGGUAUUUUGGUCGCUGCUCUGGUGAUCAAGAAGCUUGUGACAUCUACAGCGACUCGGUCUCUGUGACAACUAGUGGGCGACUGCGUUACUAUGACGACCUGCUAAAAAUCGCAAGAGCAGGAAGUCCAGAGGAGCAAGAAAACAGCUUUGUGACUUGUGCUGAUGAUCUAGGAAUCAGGGUUGCUAAGGGCAACAUUGGUUUGGGGCCCCUGGCUGAACUGUUUGACCACAGGGGCCAGAGUCAGGGCCGCAGCCGGCCGAUGAUCAAGCGGCAUCUCCCGCUCAGUUUCUGGACUGAGCCGAUCCCCUGCUGCUCUCUGGUCGGUUUCAGUAACACACCUGACGUCACACACACAAGCAGUGACACACCUUCACAGGGCGGCACACACACGGACGCUGACGCACACAUGCACUACAACCCGCUCCCGCAUCACAACGCACACACCCUCGACAGCACUCAGCCCGACUUCAGUGACUUGCUGGCAAACUGGGAUCCAAACCCGGAGCUCACACACACACUGACAGAGAACACACACAUGCAGCAUUAAACACAACAGCCUGCUGGGACUGAC